AUGGAUCACUUGUUGGGUUUGUUAAGCAUUCGUGUGCAGAAAGGCGUAAACCUUGCCGCUACUGAUCACAUCCGAGGUGGCGAUCCUUAUGUUGUUUUUCGACUAGGCAAUCAGACAUUGAAGACUGGAGUUGUGAAGAAUACCCUUAAUCCGGUGUGGGAUGAAGUUUUAACCCUUCCGAUUUUUGAACCUAUAACGAUCAAAAUGGAAGUGUACGACAAGGAUAGGUUCUCGCGUGAUGAUGAAAUGGGGGACGCCGACUUAGACAUCAAACCGUUGAUAGAAGUGUUAAGAUUGCGUUUGGAUGAUCUCCCGAACGAAACAAUCAUCGCGACCAUAAAACCAACAAGGACUAACUGUUUAGCUGAAGAGAGCAACAUAACAUGGAGCAAAGGGGAGGUUAUACAGAAUAUGGUUCUUCGGUUACGAAAUGCGGUAUCGGGUGAAGUUGAGGUUCAGUUAGGAUGGAUCAAUGUUCCAGGUUCUAAAGGUCUAUGA